UGCUGUUUGGUGCUAGCAACAGCGCGUCUCUCACCGCUCCUUGGAUGUCGUGUGACCAGCAGCACUAAACGGAGAAACCGUCCAGUAAACCGCCGUCCAGCACAGCAAAAAUUAAACCCAAACGAUGACCUUCUUACAGAUACGACAGAAGAAAACAAUUAUUUGACAACUUCCGACACCACACUUUGCCUUCGCCGCUCCUUGCUGUAACGCCCCUCUCCAACUUUAAGGCCCUCCCCCCCAGCCUAUCGGCCCUCCAGUCCAGCAGGACCAUGAUGCUUAGUAGCUCUGUGGAGGUGCCCAGCCCGGGCGGGCUGAGCGGCCUUAGCGGGCUGAGCGCAGCAGCUCGGAAUGUGGUGCGCUCCUCCAGCAUCUCCGGGGCCAUGUACAACCUGGAGAAGAGUCCUGGCAGCAGGGGCCCUGACUCCACAUCGUUGGCUGGCAACAAGAAGCGGCGCUCCAGUCUGGGCGCCAAGAUGGUGGCCAUUGUGGGGUUGUCCCAGUGGAGUAGGAGCACACAACAGCUCAACCAACAAGACGGCGGGACGAAGAAGCUUCGCAGCACCAUCCGACGGAGCACAGAGACCGGCAUCGCCGUCGACAUGAGGAACCGAGUGACACGGCAAGGCAGCAAGGACUCAACUGACGGCAGCACCAACUCAAACAGCUCUGAUGGAACCUUUGUCUUCCCUACCACACGCCUGGGGCCUGAGAGCCAGUUCAGUGACUUUCUGGAUGGACUAGGCCCCGCUCAGAUCGUAGGCCGGCAAACGCUAGCUACACCCCCCAUGGGGGAUGUCCAUGUAGGCAUGGUAGACAGAGGAGGACAGCUGGAGGUGGAGGUCAACCAGGCCAGAAGGUUGACCCCCAAACCGGGCUCCAAGAACACACCAGCGACCUACGUGAAGGUGUAUGUGCUGGAGAAUGGCGUGUGCUUGGCCAAGAAGAAAACCAAAGUAGUAAAGAAGAAUCUGGACCCCACCUACCAGCAGGCUCUGUUGUUUGAUGAGAGUCCUCAAGGCAAAGUCCUACAGGUAAUAGUGUGGGGGGAUUACGGGCGUAUGGACCACAAGUGCUUCAUGGGAAUGGCCCAGAUCCUUCUCGAGGACUUGGACCUGUCUGCCACAGUCAGCGGCUGGUACAAGCUGUUCCCUACCUCCUCUCUGGCAGAUCCCAGCAUCGGACCCCUCACCAGACGCCUCUCCCAGUCCUCCCUGGAGAGCGCCACCAGCCCCUCGUGCACCUAAACACCCAGUAGAUACCCACAUACGCAGGCAGAGUCAGACGCGGACACAUGUUCUGUAUAUACACAACGACUGUAUUCAAAGUGCAACACAGGUAGGCAUAUACACACACACACACACGUACCCAUCUGUGCAGGAAGACACAUUUGACAUACAGGUGCAAAUACCUGAUCUCAUCCAUGUGAAUACACACACUGACACGAUGCCAUAUCCUUCACUACGUCCAUACUCUCACCCACUGAUCAGUAUUUUAGUUGAGAAAACCAACUUCCAACUUGAGGUAGACUCAAUUUACCAGAACAUGUAGCACUUUUCACCGUCCCAUUUCAACACUUCCUACCAUGACACAGCAAAACUGCAUUCCAAGGUACCAGAUUUCCGUGGCACGACUCAUCCCAGGGCCAUUCCGUUGCCAGUUUAUAAACUCUCUAUGCCAAACUAAGGGGAAAAAACUUUAUUUUUUAAAACCAAAGCAAUUGUUGUUAUUAUUACUAUAAGUAGUAGGUGAUCUAGUAUACACUAUAAAGUAUGGAUAUGUAGCAGAGUCAAUGACUUAGAUGUAAUGCAAAAAAGAAGAUACAUUCUACACACACGAGCUGAGAACGGCAGGCCAAACACAUACCUGGGCAACAGGCUUGGAUAUUCACAUAAUGGCUAUUAUGUGAUGUAGCAACACUGCUAUUCUAUAAUUUUCACAGGGCAGUUUAUAUAUAGAUAUACAUUAUAUAUAAAUAGAUAGUUAAAUACUUAUUUGUGUUUAUAUAUGUAUCGGCUGCAUUCUGCAUGUUUAAAUGCAACCCUUGAGACAUUUGAAAGUGCUUCAAUCUUUUUUUUUUUAGCUUGCCUCGACUAAUGUAACAGGAGUAUUAGCGCCACUUUAUUUUGCUUUCCGUCCUGGGAAAAGAGCACUGCACUGAAUUAGGGAGAAAGAUAGGCUUUGGUGACAGGGGGAGCGCUAUGAGCAGAAGAAGAGAACAAAUUACUCAGCCAGCUACUCAUUCGCUGAUGAACAAAAAUUCUGAUCCUGCCUUCAUCUUUAGAGUAAGGGACUGUUGCACAGCACAGGGCACUUAGCACAAAGGCAUUCUGGGAAAUGUCUCCAGCUCUAGUCUGGGGUCCUUGUGUGUCUUGUUGUGCCACAUCCAGGGGGUGCCACAGUCACCCUUUCUCUCUUUUUGUAUACAGGCACCCAGACUUUUUUGAACUUUCUGUUGAUUUCCCCGUUAUGAUGUCCACUUUGUGGCGAGCGUGUCCCUUGUCUCUCACACGCAAACACACACACACACACACACACACACACAGCUGGCACACUUACUGACUUUAACUGUUGUAAUUCCAGAUUAGUUUUUCUUUUUGAUAUCAGACUAUGUACGCCAGUGUUAACUUUUCUAGCAGGUUGAUUGUUAACCUGUCAUGUACGGUAGUUUUACUUGUUUCAGUUGCAACAUCACAGUCUUCAUGUCUCCUGUCAGGCAGCGUGUUUGUGUUAAAGAUGGCACUUUACUGUAAUAUAUGUAUUAUGUUUGAAUUAGAGACAUGCAGUGGUUGUCCAACUGUUGGAUUAUUUUUUAUUUUAUUUGGUCACACUGCAGUGUGCAUCUUUGAAUCUUUUAAAUGAAUGCCAGCAUGGAAAUGUAACACGAGUUUGUGUUUUGAAUUUCAGUGUAAAGGCCCACUAGGACAGCUGAAACAGGUCAGUUCUGCCACUGAAUUUUCAACUUAAAUUUGAGUAACCAUAAUAGUAAUUUAUUUGCAAAAGCUUCAAUCUUGUACAUUGGCUUAUUCAAAAACGUAAUUAUGUUUUUGUAAGUAAAUCUUAAAAAUCUAUGUCUGGAAGGAUAAUGACGUGUUCCAAAUAAUGUAAACAUUUGCAAUUGCAUUUGAGUAUUGGCUGUAUUUAAAGUUUCCCCUUUCUUUUAAAAAAAGAAAAAAGAAAUAGCUUUCUCUUUUAAUGUUUACUUCGCACAAUCACCAACGCCACUAUGUUCGUAGUAUUUGAAGCAUUUUAUUUGCAUUUGAAAUCACUAAAAAUGGUAAGACUGACCUGGCGGCUGUUAAAGUAAAAUGUACAAUGGUUGAGUCUUAAUUGAUGGCAGAGGAGUAGCAGGGCAAACUGAGCUACUGGUGUUUACUGUUUUGUUUAUGAUGAAAAUGUCAUCAUUCUCUUCAGUGGUUCAGAGUGUUUUUGAAUCUGUCUUAGGACCAACACCAAACCUCGUGUAUGGAUAAAGACACUUUAUAGAGUCAUAUUUUAGUAGUGUUAGGAGAGAUGACAGUCUCAAGUUCUAGGCUCUUAAAAGCUUGUGCGUGUUUAUGAGAUCAUAUUUGGUUUUAUCUCCACCGUAUGUUCUGUCUUCUGCUAAGAACUGUUUGGCUCACUCCUCUCUUCAUCUUUCUGCAAAAAGGGAAUCUGCGAGGCACUUUGUCUCGUCAGCACAUCAGACCAACAGAAUUCACAUUUCAACGCUCUUUGAACUUUGGAUAAAGGGAUCUCUGGCAUUCUUGUAUUUUUUGGGAGGAGGAUGAUGGUCAUUUUCUGACCCUCCCAUCAUGUAUACAACCCUUUUUAGAAGAACCAUCAAGGUCUGGGUUCCAAUUUAUUUUUAACCCUUUGGAGCUAUUCCUUGCUGGAUCUGUAACUGUAUGGUCUUGUAUAUGAAGUAAUUUUAUGUACCUUUUUAAUUUGUAUCUUAUCUAUUUUGUUGGACAGCUGGCAUGGUGUAAAAAUAAGGACUUAUACUCUUAGUAUUUACACACAUUCUCUUCAUGGCGCGCCUUUUGUGAGGACAAAAGAAACUUGGUUGGUAUAACAUCCCUGCUGAAUGUUUAGUCCUUGGUAAACUUUAAAAAUGCUGUUAAUAUUUUUCCAUGUGAUGUCCAAUGUUUUGGAGCUUAUAUGAGACCGUAUAUGUCCCUUUGCUGUAUAUUGAGUAGCCCGAAAUAUUAACAGUUCUAAUGAUUGAAAGUAGAGGAAGACACAAUGCAAAGAGAUAGUUAUUCUUAGGGAGUGUUUUAUGGAGAGCAGAGAGCAUCUGCCAACUUUGUCCAAAUCUUUUGAAUCCUGCAACCAAAAGGAAAGUUGUAUAAGGUGUAAAGGUGUAUGUCUUUCAAUGAGGUGCAUUUAUUGUCCUGUGCGAUGCAUAAAAAUGAGCACCAAAACGUCUGUGAGAGAGAGAUUUGAAUGUGUAGAUAUUUAUUUAAAAAAAAAAAAGGCCAGUCUUGUAAACUCACGUUGUGGACCACAGGGAGGAGAAUUUAGGGAUCAGGGUUUUCAGAUAUGAACAUUAACGCCUCUCGUCAUUGCUUUUACCUUAGAUUAGAACAAAUUGACUGUAGUCACAUGAUUAACAUGCGUCAUCUCAUCACCUUUGAUUUAUUUUGACACUACUGUUUUAAGGGAGUUGGAAAAGGUUGCUUCAAGAGAUGUUGAAGCCUCACAAGCAGCAGUGUUAACUAUGACAGGGCAGAGUUACAGCAGGGUGUGUAAACGGGAAGGUAGAUGCACGCCAGCGGGUCGCUAAAUUGUUGGAUUAAUCAAAGUGUCUAUUGUAGACACUUUGGCAUUUUGUUGGAAACCGCACGGAGCAUGUAGAGUGUGUUUGAGAUCGGUAAAGAUAGUCUUAGCUUAAAUUAGACAGCAUCUGGCUCAGCUGAGGUUUGAAUGUAAUGGCUGUGGAUGCUUUGGAAUGUAAACCCACACGCUUGCUUGCUUCCCUGUAAAAUCCACAUUGAGCAUUCUCGAACCCGACUUUUAUUGUGUGCAAAACUUUUACAUUGUAUCUUCAAUCAACCGGAAUCGUCUCUUGAGUGCUAUGUUGGAAAUGUAUUUUAUUUUUGUAAGGAGAGAGGUAUUAUUAAGAGGAGGAGAGAGAAUCAGAGAGGCAAAAAAAACCUGCCUUGAGAUUUUCGCGAAAAUGAGGGCUUGUCACGUGUGCAAUGGCCUUAUUUUGUGUAGGAGACAUUGCUUCACUAUUGUAGCACACAAACGGAAAGUUUUGACAAAUGUAUUUUGCUUGAAAUAUUGUACCGAAGUUAUAUAUGUGUAUAUGUAUAGUUUUAUGAAUGUAUUUCUUAAUCGUUACACCAGAACCGAGUGUAAUCUUUUUGUCAUCUUGUUUGCUAUACCGUGUCUUUGAAGACCUUCCAGGGACCUCGCCUGCAUUGGUUUUAGACAGCCCCUACUUUUACUGCACUGUAUACUAUAUGUCUUAUUCUUUGUGUCUUCAUUUGAAAAGAACAGCUCUGUGGUUGAAACGAGCAUGAAUUCUGUGUGGCGAAAUGCAUUUUUAUUUAUUUAAAUCGCCACGAUGGGUUUUAAACAGAAAGGAUUGCUACCCCCCCACACUUGAUUUAUCUAUCAAGCUGAUGGAAUUGUUAGGAUUUUUGUACGUUCACCGCAUGGUUACUUUGAUGAGUUUGUUCUAUUUACCCUUUAUGGUGAUAUGAUUAUGAUAAAAAAUUAUGAUAAUGACACAUGAUGAGGGAGUUCUUAGACCCAAUUCAAUCUCAAAGGGAAUUCACUAUCUUAAACUAGCAUGGACUUAGACUUCCACUUUCUGAAAUACUUCUUCUGGCAAUAACUAUUGGCGGUAGCGUCUACUGUUGCUGGGGCCUUCACUCCGGGCCUUGGCUUCUGUCUCGCAGUUGGGUUGUGUAUAUAUAUCUAUAUCCACGACCUUCCACUUCCGGGAUUGCCCCAUUGCCGCCUGAAAUCUGAGUUUUCUGUUGCACGGCUAAAACAACUUGAACGUACACGUUCCAACAAAACAAGUUCCUUCCCGAGGCUAUUUUGCUGCGGCACCGGGGCUCCAUGCAGUGCUUAGUGCCGCCCAAGACGAUUGUGAUUGGUUUGAGGAAAUGCCAAUAAACCAGAGCACGUUUUUCUCCCAUCCAAGAAUGCUGUGUGGACUAGCCAGACCUCCUUUACAGCGCCGUGGAGGAAGGUCUGGCAAAGCGAGACUAGGUUGUGGGUGACCUCAGGCUGAAUCUACAUCAGUUCACCACGAUGACAAAUAGGAUUUCAAUUCGAAUCACAUUUUGAAGCACUAGAAGCAAUUUAGACCUAACAGAGCAUGCAAUGCAUUGUGAAUAACUGCUAUUUUAUAAUAACCCCCAUGAGCAAGAAUCUUUAAUAUUUUGAGUUUUUAAUUAACUUUCUUUCAUUUUCUAAUGACGCAUGCAUUCCAAAUGUCUAUUUGCCGAUGUAUGAGAGCAAAACAGACAUAUACUGCUAAACUGAUGGGGCAAAUUGGAGUUUUUGCUGCUGAUUAUGCCAGUUUGUCCUCAUCCACAUCUAUACAUGUGGGUAAUCACAGCACAAGUCUCCUGAGUAGCCAUUUUGUCCUUUUUAACUGUCUGUCAAACUAUAUUAAGGCCACGGUAGCUCCCCUCCCCACUAUCAAGACAACCUUUAUCUUAUCAAGCCCAGCAAAGCACAUUUAACUUCCAAAACCGAGGUGAAUCUAUGAAUAUUGUUGACUUGAUUUGAUGGACCACAAUGAGCCAAGCACAUAAGAGUAAAUGGAUGCCUUGGAAACAAAUCUAAAGAUGGAUAAAAGCAUCUGGUGAAAUAAAACAAAACGUUCAGCCCAGUUAAAUUGGAUUGCUGGUGUUGGUAGAUGAGCGGUUGUCUUUUCUUAAUCAGCCUUAACCUUUCCACCGAGGAGCGCUCACAGAGCACGUUUCAGAAGGGCAAAGCAUAGCAGACCGCUGAUGAAAGGAUGCUUACGAAGAAGAAAGAGGGAUCUGUAAUUUUAUACCUGUGCUUUGUAAAUGUUUUCUAUGUGCAGUAUUUGAUAAUGUAAAACUGGUAUUUUUGUGGUUUGUACGCUGCAGAAUUGAUUACUUAAGGUGCACGUAGUUUUGUAAGAAAAUGGAAUCAAACUGAGGAAAAAACUAUUUUCGAUUCAGAAGCCUGUAUUUGCAUGCCCUUUGCCAUCUGGACGCAAAGUCAAUAAAGUUUAUUUGAAUCACAA